AUGAGGUUUUUAAAAUACGUUUUAUACUUACUUUAUUUCAUUGAUCUUAUUGCAAAUUUAAAAGUUACACAAAAAGUCAAAAGUCUUGAAAAAUUUAAGAAUGACAAAAGAUCAAAAUUAUUAUUAUAUUUAGAUAAAGUAUCAAGAAAUAUCAAUAUUGAUUACUGUUCAGACAUUAUAAUGAAUCAAAUCAUAGAAGAAAUAACUCUAAAUGGAGAAGAUUACACAAUUGUAAUAUCAUACAAUCACAAGAUAAAACAAAAAGCUCCUAUAACUAUCUACCUAAUUCAAUCAUCAGCAUCAAACAAUCCAGCUCUUAAAAAUUAUAUAUAUGCAAUUCAGGAUUCAACAACUCAAUUGAUUGGUUUGGAAAAUUUAGAAUUGAAAUUGUUUGUAUUAAAGUUGGUUAAAAAAUUAGAGGUGCCUAUUUAUUUUGGAGUUAUUAGUGAUGAAAAUAUAUUGAGUUCUAGUACCGUGGAAUUGUUUAAGACUAUUAUUGACUUGAUAAAGGAAGAAGAGCAGAAAGAGCAGAAACUUACGAAAGAGCAAGAAGAUGAAUAUGUGGGUAAAGGGGAAGUCAAAGUUUAG